CCGAGGAGCGAGGUCAUAAAGGCGUUGGAGCAAGACGAAACCCUCAUAUAUCGAACUAGAAGACUUACGGACAAUCAGCCAUAGACCGAUUGCUUUAAGAGGCUGUUACAGCUGUAAUACCGAAUGAGACUCGGACUCACGGCAUCGUCAAGAUGGAAUACAUAAGACUCGGAAACACCGGCCUCAAGAUCUCCAAAAUCAUUCUGGGAUGCAUGGCCUUUGGCUCGUCCAAGUGGGAGGGAUCCCCGUGGGUUCUUGACGAGGAAGAGGGGCUGCAACUGUUGAAGGUGGCAUAUGAAAAUGGCAUAAACACUUGGGAUACAGCCGAUACGUACUCAAAUGGGCAGUCAGAGGUCAUCAUUGGCAAGGCACUGAAGAAGUUCAACAUUCCACGGCAGAAGGUUGUGAUCCUCUCAAAGAUUUUCAACCCAGUCAUGGAUGAUGAUUCCAGACCUGCCAGUGUGAAUGAUGGACCACUGGUCAACCAGAUGGGUUUAAGCAGAAAGCAUAUCUUUUUUGCUGUUGACCAGUGCCUGGAACGGCUUGGGACAGAUUAUAUCGAUGUUCUCCAGAUUCACCGCCUCGAUCGAGAAACCCCACCCGAAGAAAUAAUGCGAGCUCUGCACGACGUCGUCCAGUCCGGGAAGGUUCGCUACAUUGGAGCAUCGUCCAUGUAUACGUGGGAGUUCGCCCGCCUGCAGUACAUCGCCCGGUCAAACGGCUGGACAGAGUUCAUAUCGAUGCAGCCGUUCUACAACCUUCUCUACCGCGAGGAAGAACGAGAGAUGCUACCCUUCUGCCGCGCAACAGGGGUCGGGGUGAUUCCUUGGUCGCCGAUUGCGCGCGGCCUUCUUGCAAAGCCUCUUUCCAAAGAAGGCGAGGAUGGCGCAUCGCUGCGAAGCCAGACGGACAAGAAGACGCAAAAAUGGUUUGCUGACGCCAAUCUCGAUAUCGUCAACCGGGUUGAGGAGAUUGCGAAGAAGAAAGGUGUGAGCAUGGCAUUGGUCUCGACAGCGUGGGUUCUGCAAAAAGGAUGCUACCCUAUUGUAGGGUUGACCUCAGAAGAUAGAAUCAAGAACAUGAUAGGGGCACUCAAGGUCAAUCUGAGUGAGGAGGAAUGCCAGUACUUGGAGAGAGAGUACCGGCCAAGAAAUAUUCAAGGCAUGUAAGUUUUGGAUACAUCUGUGGGCCAGAUAAAUUCAUUAAAUGAGAUGUCGAUUUCUGAGAAACUUUUUAAUGCCUUUAAUGCCUUCAGAGCCUGUCAAGGUGGGCACUAAUUCAGCAAUAAGCGUUUGUGUUCAUAUGCCUGGUUCCGUUGGUUGAUAGUUGGCGUGUGCCAAAUCUUGACACGAGAUAGUCUGGCCAUUCGUGUUUAAGGAUGGCAUA